UGAAAAGUUGAACCCUUCAGCCAUCAUCAUCUUCACCUUAACCGGGUCUACAAAGGAAUAAUUCAACUACACCACCUCUCUCCGCAUAAAAAAAUACUUUCAAAAUUUAAUUCAGAUAUUUUAUAUUGGAAAUGAAUUGCAGGGAGUACUAUUACAUGAUGGUGGGACAUGCAUUUGUGGCACUUUUUCAAUAAAAUAAUUUUCGUUUUUUCAAGAAUAACUGGAAAGGUAUAUCUUUAGAGAUAUACGGAUAACCUUCGGUUUUGAGGGAAGGUGGUGUUUGACUUUGAUACUGAGAGGGCCGGGUUUGUUCGAUUGUUGGAGCUUUUGGUCGAAUUUUUAUAAGGUAUGAAACAGUGUUUGGUAGUUAAGCAUGUUACGUGUUGAUGAAUUUAAGAUUGGAAAAUUGAUGAAGGUUUGAGAGAUUUUCUGCUUUUAUUUGUGUUCACAGAUAUUGAACUCUUAAAAAGGUUCUCCGAUUUUAACUGUGGCGGUGUAUAGUUGUUUCUAGUUCUAGCAAUUGUUAAUUGGCUCAGAAGUUUUUUAGAUAUCAAUUGAGUUGGGGCUGAACGAGGAGAAAAAGAAGAAUAGGAAAUAAUACCAGGGAGUUAAAGUAGGUGAAGAUGGAUGAAGAGGUUAACUCUUGGAUAAGGAGAACAAAUUUCUCUCACACUGUUUGUCAUCGGUUAGAUUCUUCAAUAUUCGCCUCUGUUCCUUUCGCUGCUCAGCCUGAUAGAAUUCCAGGUGCCAAAUCUAGGCCUCGAGCAGUCACCAUGAAUCCAAAACCAGGAGGUACCGUCACUCAAGUAGAGAGAAACCCUGCCACAAACAGGCCGAGGGCUUUAUCACCCCUCCCCGAAACGAAGGUUUCUGAUACCUUUAGGGAAGCCAGGUCUAGUCAGAAGAGAUUCUCGACACCACAUCCACAAAGAAAAUCUGAUAAGAGAAUUGUUGGCAAGUUGUUCCAUAAAGAUGCCCACGAAAGCAAGGCACCUAAAUCGAAAUUUCCUGGUUCAACGUCUCCAGUGAAUGCCAAUCCACUUAGGCGCUUCACAUCAAUGAAGUUUCAUGAGAAGUCUAAGGGUCGUAAGGAUGGUUGGACAAAAUAUUUUGAUCAUGGUGUGGGGAGGGUCCUCUCUGUAGAAACUGCAGAUCAUUGCACAAUUGAUCUUUCCAAGUUAUUUCUUGGGCAUAGAUUUGCUCAUGGGGCUCAUAGUCAGCUUUACCAUGGGGUUUACACUGAUGAACCAGUUGCGGUGAAAAUAAUCAGAGUGCCAGAGGAUGACGAAACUGGAGCCCUUUGUUUUCGGUUGGAGAAGCAAUUCACAAGGGAAGUUACUCUCUUGUCCCGUCUCCACCAUCCAAAUGUUAUAAAGUUCAUAGCAGCAUCCAAAAUGCCAGCUAUAUUUUGCAUUGUGACUGAAUAUUUAUCAGAGGGUUCUUUGAGAGCAUACUUGCACAAGCUUGAGCAUAAAUCUCUUCCUUUGCAAACAAUACUGUCAAUGGCUUUGGAGAUUGCUAAAGGAAUGGAAUAUGUUCACUCACAACAUGUUAUUCAUCGGGACCUUAAACCUGAAAAUAUCCUCAUCACUGAAGAUAUUCACUUGAAAGUUGCUGAUUUUGGCAUAGCUUGUGAGGAAACGCACUGUGAUCUUCUGGCAGAUGACCCUGGUACUUACCGUUGGAUGGCACCCGAGAUGAUCAGGAGGAAGCAUUAUGGUCGGAAGGUUGAUGUAUAUGGGUUUGGACUCAUUUUAUGGGAAUUUGUGUCUGGAACUAUUCCUUAUGAAGAUAAGACGCCUAUACAAGCUGCUUAUGCUGUUGUGAGCAAGAAUAUGAAACCUGCUAUCCGCGGGGACUGCCCGUCUGCCCUGAAAGCUUUGAUUGAACAAUGUUGGUCUACGCAACCAGACAAGAGGCCUGAAUUUUGGCAGAUUGUAAAGGUAUUAGAGCAGUUCCAGUCUUCAUUUGCCCGAGAUGGAACCCUGAACCUGGUAGAAAACCUGGCACAUCAUGAUCAUAAGAAGGGACUACUUCAUUGGAUUCAAAAACUUGGUCCUGCAGAUCAUAAUAUUUCAUCCAUGCCUAAACCUAAAUUUACCUAAUUUCUAGGUUAUUGAUUUGUAGUUUCACCAGAUCCCAGUGUAAUUAGCAGGUUAUAUAAAGCUUAUUUACUAGGGUUUUUUUUUUUUUUUUUUUUUUUUUUUUUUUUUUCCCGGGGG